GCCACCCCAAACCUAUCCAAGGUCAGGGGUUAAUAUAUAAAGGGACCCUCUUCAUCCACUGAACCUGUGUUUGGCCCCAUGUUUAUCAAAGGCAUUAGAACACUCAAACGUUUCCCCGUGCUUGGAUUCUUAUCCAGCAAUAAUAACUCACUCGCCGCCUUCCAAAUUAGAGCAUCUUCCACCCUCAUGGACGGUCCCAGAGGCGCCGAUGGCGCCCACCCAUAUGCCUCCAUGGCUGGGAAGCUGGAUCCCAAACUCCUCAAGGCCCUCGAUGUCAUGGGCUUUCAGUCUAUGACGCCUGUCCAGCACCGUGUUUUGACCGCACUGCCGGAUCUGCGCAAAGACUGUCUUGUCCAGGCCAAAACGGGUACGGGGAAAACGCUCGCCUUUCUGCUCCCUGCCUUGCACUGCCUGCUGCAGGGUACUGCGGCGGCCCCGAGAGGCCAGGUCGCUAUCCUGAUCAUCACCCCCACGCGAGAACUCGCCCAGCAAGUGGCAACAUCAUGUGAUCAACUAACAUCGCAACUCGACCAACCUCUUAAGUGUGCAACUGCAGUUGGUGGUACGGCCCGCGCUUCUGCGUAUUCGCGCUUCCUGAAAGAUACCCCAACUGUUCUUGUAGCAACCCCCGGGCGACUCAAGGACUAUCUGUCCGACGCCCACGCGGCUGACAAGCUGUCGAACAUCCAAACCCUGAUCCUGGACGAAGCCGACACCAUGCUGGAGACCGGUUUCCUCGCUGAUGUGAAGGAAAUCCUCAGACUUCUCCCCCACAAGAACACGGGCUGGCAAGGCAUGUGCUUCUCGGCCACCGUUCCUCCCAAGGUCCGGGAUGUCGUCAAGGUGGUGUUGAAGCCAGGCUACAGUGACAUUUCGACGAUUGAAAAGAACGAGACCCCAACGCACGAGCGAGUGCCCCAGUACCACAUGAUUAUGCCCAGUGUCGGAGAUACCUUCAACAUGACCGCCGCCAUUAUCCAGCACGAGACCAAGAACUGCUCCAAGAUCAUUGUUUUCGGUCCCACUUCAUACGUAGUGGCAAUGUUCGGAGAUCUAUUUGCUCAAGGCUUGGUCAACAUGCCGGUCUACCAAAUCCAUUCCAGACUCAACCAGUCCUCGCGUACGAGGACCACGGAGCAAUUCAAGAACGCGACGUCCGGAAUCCUGUUCGCCUCGGAUGUGGUUGGUCGUGGUAUGGAUUUCCCCAACGUCGACUUGGUCAUCCAGAUCGGCUUGCCCUCGAACACCGACCAGUACAUUCACCGUGUCGGUCGUACCGCCCGUGCUGGUAACGAUGGUCGCGCUAUCAUCCUGUUCACGGAACCAGAGAGCUUCUUCAUCAAGGCUUACCCCUUCUUGCCCAUCAAGCCCCAUCCCGACACCGAGGCGAUCGCCGCGAGCGUUCCCUUCCACGCCACGAAAGUCACUCAGAUUAUGCACGGCCUUGACGAAACGGCGAAGGACCGCGCCUAUCGGUCUUACCUGGGUUUCUUUGCUGGAUCGCCUUGGAUGAAGCGUAUGCGGCUGGAUAAGCCCGGCCUUGUUCGCAUGGCGAACGACUUCGCUAUGGAUGCCAUGGCCUGUCCUGAACCGCCAAUCGUUGAGAAGAAGACUGCUGGUAAGAUGGGCUUGAAGGGCGUUCCCGGAUUGAACUAUGGGAACGGAAGUGAGGUUCGCCCCUCUACCAAGCCGCGCGUCCACAGAGGUGCCGUCGAGAAGAACCGGGCAGAGGGCCGUGAACAACGUCGUGAAGGAGGUGGAGGACGUGAAGGGCGUGAAGGGCGUGAAGGACACGGACGUCAAGGCGGCAGAGGGCAUGGACGGGGUGGAAGAGGGCAUGGACGGGGUGGAAGAGCUGGAGGUUCGAUGGAUAUGUAAGCCAGACGGGGGCACACAUUUGGGAAGUUGGAGAAGAUGAUCGGUGACUACCAUACAUAAGUCGUUUUACAGCGCGCUGAAGUUUUCAAGAUUAGGGAGUUUCGGUCGGCAGGCGAUCGGUUACUUGGAAGUUCAUAUCUCACCCAAGUAUCAAUAGACAUUCAAAGAAUCACAGUUCACUAAUUCCCAAA